GGGGGUUUUGGAUUCCUACUUCCGCCGGUGUCUUUCUUCGCUCCGGUCACGCUGUCAUCAGGUCGCCGGCUCCCGUGUUGUGUUCGACAAACCAGAGAAAAUAAUGAAGAUCUGGGCGUCAGAGCACAUUUUUAACCACCCAUGGGAGACGGUUACCAAGGCUGCCAUGCAGAAAUACCCCAACCCCAUGAACCCCAGUGUGUUUGGUGUGGAUGUUCUGGACAGACAGGUGGACCCUGAUGGACGUCUACACAGCACUAGACUGCUCAGUACAGAGUGGGGUCUCCCUGCUAUAGCCAAAUCUAUCAUUGGGGUCACAAGAACGUGCACUUAUGUUCAAGAACAUUCAGUGGUGGACCCCAAGCAGAGGACUUUUGAGCUGCAAUCAACCAACAUUUCUUUUACCAACCUGGUAUCUGUAGAUGAGAAACUGACUUAUAAGCCCCACCCCCAAGAUCCAGAGAAGACUGUUCUGACCCAAGAAGCCCUCAUUAGUGUUAAGGGCGUCAGUCUAAGCAACUACCUUGAGGGUCUCAUGGCUAAAACCAUAUCUGUUAAUGCCAGCAAGGGUCGGGAGGCGAUGGAGUGGGUCAUCAGACGGUUGAACACAGAGAUCGAGGAGCUGGCAGCCACUGCUCGAGGUUCCAUGCGCGCUCCCAUGGCAGCAGCUGCUGCUGCAGACAAAUGAUGACAGCUUUCCUUCAGAUGACUCCAUCAAUCAGUGGACUUCUCAGACGUUUUCCUCCUAAAGGGGACCUCCCAUCUCCUCUGCCAGAACCGCCUGAAAACCAGCCCCCACACCCCCUCGCCUGGUCCUACUGAUGUAGAUGUUUUUUUAGUAAUUAUCCUUCCUCAGCAGCUUGCACCGGCGGCUCUUCAGCCCGUCCUUGUUGGUCAGUGACUUGGAGUUUUGUGUGGAUGAAAGUGACAUUGGACAGCACUUGAAGCUCACAGGAUUCUUCUCUGUGAUAAAACAUGUUUUUUAUUCACA